GCCGAGCGGGUGGCUUCCCGGUCCUCCAGGCUGCCGGCAGCGAUUGCGCCUCACCUGGCCCAGCGCGGCGACUCUUGUCUGCGGGGCGGCCGUUGCCUUCCCUCCUCGAAGCCUUGCGGGGGUGACCCACAUUCCCAGAGGCGCCCCCGGGACUCUCGCCGUUCUGAAAAAAAUCUCGCCUGGACGGUGGGCUGGCACUGUGGUGGGCUUGAGGAGAGGCGUCCAUUACUACUGAAGAAGCUGUCUGCCUGUGCCCUAAACUGAAGAUCAUUGCUAUAACUGAAAAAUAAAAUCACCAUCAUGAAGCACUUCCUCAGAAUGCUUGUCCAGGUAUGCCUGUACUUCUAUUGCAAAUGCUUAUGGCGCUGCCUGAAAUUUGUGGCACGGAAACUGACCGGACGCUGUGAACUGCAAAGGAUCUGCUAUAAUAUCAAGCCUGGAGCUGAAAGAACCCUGAAAAUUGAGACAUCAUUGAGGAAUUCAAAAAAUCAGUUGCUCCAAAAUUCCAUUAGUGUUCAUCCAGAUGCAAUUGAAAAAACAGUAGAUGCCAUCAUAGACUUGAAAAAGAUUAACCCAGAUGUAAAUCCGCAGCUAAGUGUAUCUCUGCAGGCCUGCCUUUUGCAGAUUGUCGGAUACAGAAACCUGAUUGCAGAGGUGGAAAAGCUGCGUCGAGAGCCAUAUGACUCUGAAGAGGAUCAGCAUGAAGAAAUGCUUCUGAAGCUGUGGAAAUGCUUGAAACCUGAUUCUCCUUUGGAAGCUCGGAUUUCCAAGCAGUGGUGUGAAAUUGGUUUCCAAGGUGAUGAUCCUAAAACAGAUUUUAGAGGAAUGGGGCUCCUGGGGUUGUAUAACUUGCUAUACUUUGCUGAGCAUGAUGGACCUGCAGCUCAGCAAAUCCUCUUAGACUCUCUUCAGCCCAAAUAUAGGGAAAUCACUAAAGAGGAAAUAAGCAAAUUUAGCAAGACUGAGUGGGAGAAGAAAAAGUUUGAUAAAGCUAUUGGAUAUUCCUUUGCUAUUGUUGGCAUCAACAUAACAGAACUUGCAUACAACCUGCUUGUGAGCGGUGCUCUGAAGACACAUUUCUACAAUGUUGCUCCGGAAGCGCCAACGUUAGCCCAUUUCCAGCAAACAUUUUGCUACUUGAUGCAUGAAUUUCAUAAAUUCUGGAUUGAAGAGGAUCCCCUGGACAUAAUGGAGUUCAAUCGGGUGCGAGAGAAAUUCCACAAACGGAUUAUCAGGCAGCUGCAGAAUCCGAAUAUGGCGUUAUGCCCUCACUUCGCUGCCUCGGAAAGCUUGAUCAACCUGUAGCCAUUCCCAUGGUUUGAUUUGGAAACACUGCCUGGUUCUUGUGUUAUGCCACCAUCUAGAGAUAAAUCGCUGAAUGCAUUGAAUGAUCACGGCAAGUGCAUGCCUGCUUCUUGAUGCAGUAUUCAUUUCUCGCGCUCUCUUUCAGGAACCGCCUCCCACUGCUCUGAUGGAGAGUCUGGUCACUGUCAGAGAGAGCUCAUAUUGCAAUAUCUUGCAGUGUUAAACAUUUUGAAUUGAUGUCCUGUGUUUCUUUCCUUUCUUUUAAGCCAAUGUAUCUCAAUCUUGGCAGCUUUCAGAUGUGUGAACUUCAACACCCAGAAUUCCCCAGCCAGCCCCUUCCGCCUGGGGAAUUCUGGGAGUUGGAGUUCAGACAUCUGAAAGCUGCCAUGAUUGGGACACACUUUUUAGGUUCUUGCCUCUUCCCUUUGCUACUGCAUAUUUCAUUUAAUUAAAGAACUGUAUUUCUGUAGCUGGGUAGGGGAUUUUUUUUGUUUUGUUUAUAUAGACAGAAUAGUUUAGUUGGAAACUUGUACUGUGAAUACGUUUUAACUUAUUCAUUUUGUUUUAUGAUAACGGUUUUCUUAAAGAAAAUGAGUUGUAAGUCAACUUUUUUCAGUCCUGUUGAACUGAAUGGCACUGAAGUGAAAGGGACUGAAAAAUGCUUGCAUUAAACUGCUCUCACGCAUUUGAAUAUUAUUUAGAAGGCAGUGUACAUGACUUCAGCCUAAUCUUGACAAAAUACAUUAAAUGUAACGAUUUCUCCCUCAUGCAGAUGUGCAUGCUUCAUGACAAAAAAAAAAAAACAAUAGUAAGAUUUGUAAUUAAAAAAAUGUGUGAAUAAUUUUAUCAUACAUAAAGAAUUUAUAAUGAGGCUACGAUGGCAGGGAGGUUGAAUGAAUUUGAGGGAAUGAAUUAAUUUGAUAAGAAUUCGUGGAUGUAAGCAUGUCACCAGCAACGUUAUGUAACUUGAUGACCUUCAUAUGGGCUGGACUGUUCUUCUCCUCAGAGGUUCUUCUCAUCUCCAACCACCAUGCUUAUAAAAAAGGAAUCUUUUUGGAGAGGGAGAACCGAGGAGAUUUAUUCCUUGAUGGUUUAUACUGGACUAUGCUCACAAUAUUCAGCUAAACUUUGAAAGUGCAGAAUUCACUGGUUGUAUUUCUGCAUGUCUGAUUGCAAUAGGAUUGUGUGUGAGUGUGUUUUUGAUUGCUUUAAGGCAGGGGUCUCCAACCUUGGCAACUUUAAGCCUGGAGAGCUUUGCUGGCAGGGGAAUUGUGAGAGUUGAAGUCCUUCAGGCUUAAAGUUGCCAAGGUUGGAGACCCCUGCUUUAAUGGGACAAAGCUAUAUUUUCUUCAUUUUUCAAUGAUUGAAUUUGGGGCUUGGAUUAUCAGCUUUGUUCUCUACCUAGCUGAAAGGAAUUAACAAAGAUUUGCCUGAAAGGAGCAAAUGUGACUGGUUAUUAAGCAAAUAAAGUGAUUCAAGGGAAGAAAAUGUGCACAUUCUGUAUAGAACAUCUUCAUAAAAUUGUACUGAAAUGACUGGCAGAUGCAUUACCUUUUUCAUGAAGCUCAUGCAAAUAUUCAUUUUAUUUUAUUUUUUAAAGUGGGAUUUCAGAGGAACAGAUCCAUUUCGGUUGUCCUCAGCUCCCUUUGACACCCUGGGUAAUCUACACUCAGUUGUAUUUACCAUGGUAUUUCAUAUUGUACCAUGAUUUUUUUAAAAAAACCUUCUGACUGUUAUAGGGUAGGUUAUGAAAUUGCUUACAUAGCAAGAUUGAAUUUGAGGUAUUGCCUAAUUAUUUGUGAAUUAUAUGAAUAAAACGAUAUCAUUCCAAACAGGAAAA